AUGUCGACGUGGUUCUCAGACGAAGCUCUUCAGCUCUUGAAGGCGCGUAAUCAGCGCGAAGUCGCAGCAUUUAGCGACCUCAUUGCGUCGCAUCAGCAGCUUUUAUUCCGUUCUGCCACUUCCUCUUCUCUUGGCGCAUCUUUACGUCUCCCCAGCGCACAGGAGCAAGAUGACGCCGCCGCUCAGAAAUAUUUGGUGACUAUUCAGCGAUUGGAGCAUGAAGUAGCGGAUAUGAACGCACAGUUAGCGAGCUAUACGGGACAACAAUUGGCUCUUGUGAGUGAGAGUAAGACGUUGUUACAGGAGCGUGACAAGCGGGAGCUUCAGCUGGAGCUGGCGACCAAACGACUGGACGAGGAGAUUGUACUAAGUCUUGAGAAGGACAAGGCUCUUAAGGAACUGGACGCUGCAUUGUUAUUAGCCAGAGAUGAACUGAAGAGGCACAGAUUGCUGCUGGAGAACAGUGAGAAGGAGACGGAGAGACUAAGAAAGAGAAAUGCGGAGCUAGAGAUGCAAGUACAGGAGAAGAAUGCGUUACUUCAUGAGUGGAUUCAAUCAGAGGAGCAUCCGUCUCCUGCACUGACAGCAAUGAUGACUCAGGAAACAGCCGAUAAUAUGAGUCACUUGCUGCUGAAUGAAGAAGAAGGAGUGAGUCCUAAAGCCAAGUUGGUCACCCAUGUGACACACUCGAUUCGUGCUCAUGCGACAGAAGUGAACUCGGUGUGUUUUAACACAUCGGGCAAGAUCUUGUUUAGUGGUAGUAGUGAUGGCACGGUGAGAGCGUGGGAAGCAGAGGCGGGAGCAUUGUCUUCCCCUAGAGCAUUGGGUGAGUAUAGAGGCGUUGGCACUGCACACCCAUUGCUGUGCGUGCGUGCAUCGGAGGAUGGUGCGCUAGUUCUUGGAACUGGGUGCGAUCGAAAGUGCUUUGUAUGGAGAGUGGGCACUGGACGCGUCAUGCAGACGCUUACAGGACACAAGGGCAAAGUGCUGGCUGCCGAGUUUUCUCCUGUUUUGCCUCAUGAAGUGAUCACAGGCUCGUCGGAUCGUAGUUUGCGUGUGUGGGAUGUUAUGCGUGGAGUGCGACUGCAGACUAUCAGCUGCGUGUCAAGUUGCAAUGACAUUGCUGCGCCUUCAGGAGCUAACGCGACUUUUGUUCAGUUUGCAAGUGCUCACCAAGACGGUGCUGUCCGCUUCUGGGACACGAGGACACGACGUUGCGUGCAAGAGCUGCAGGGUGUUCACACUGAACAGACCACAUCUGUGAGUUUCGGUGGCAACGAGCUCCUCACCAAUUCUAGAGAUCAUUCUCUACGCGUCAUUGAUCCACGUACAUAUCGCGUGCUACGUGAGUUGCGUCACAAAGAUUACCAAUGUGGGUUCGAUUGGAGCCAGGCUUCUCUGAGUCCAGACGGACGGUACGCGUUAGCAGGUGGAGCUUCCGGUAUUCUUUUUGUAUGGAAUGCUCGCACCGGCAAACUUGAAAAGCAGCUAAAAUCUGGUCCUACUGGCCAUUACGGAGCUAUUGCGUGUUGUAUGUGGCGUCCUGAUGGACAAGGUGUUGCGUCGUGUGACAAGAACGGUGUCGUGGUUCUCUGGGAGUAA